AAUUUUCACAUCAUACAUAUUUAUUUAUUGUUCUGUGUCUCUCAUCUCAGGCUACUAAUUUACGUAAUAGUGUAUAUUUUUUCUUAUUUGAAAAUUCAUCUUUGCUAAAAUGGUUGCGUGGAGAGCUGCUGGUCUCAACUACAUCAACUACUCGAAUAUUGCUGCUAGGAUUUUGAGGCAAUCCCUAAAAGCCGACUUGCGAGCAGAUGCAGCUAAAAGGGAUUCUUCCACGGUGAAAAUAACUAAAUGGGCUGAUGGAAAGCCAAUAAAUGCUAGAGAAUAAAGUCCAUGAAGUUACGACUUAAAAUGUUGAACCAAGCAACUGAGGAUAUGGAAGUUGAUAUAAAUAAUUAAUAUUAAGUAGUAAAAGUUUAUUAUAAAUCAUUUCAGUUCACCAAUAAAAGAUAAAAAUAU